AUGAGCUCAACCACCACCGGAGUACUGUAUGCCCUCUCUGUCGCUACUACCCCUUCUCGACCAGCCCCCGAAGAUGCUACGGCCAAGAGUCAUCACGCGAAAUCUGGGUUCCGGAAUCCAUGGGACUCAUGGCAGGAUAUCAGUCUUGGAAUUGCGCGAGAGAUGAUCAUGCGCCGCAUAACCGGCAAAGCCAAUGUUCCCAAUACCACCCCACCUACAGUCCCUGUCCGCAAGCCAGAAUUCCUUCCAAGUCGCGAUACCCCUAACUUGCGCGCAACAUGGCUUGGUCAUGCGUGCUACUAUGUCGAAUUCCCUGGUGGCUUGCGCAUUCUGUUCGAUCCCGUCCUUGAGGAACGCUGUGGACCCUACAAUCUGUUAGGUCCCAAACGUUUUACCGAUGCGCCUUGCAGAAUCCAGGAUAUACCGACCAUCGAUGCAGUGGUCAUCUCUCACAACCACUAUGAUCAUCUAUCCUACCCCGGUAUUAUGGAAAUUGCAAAGAGACAUCCAAACUGCCACUUCUUCGUUCCACUGGGUAACAAGUCUUGGUUCGGCCGCUGUGGGAUCAAUCAUGUUACUGAGUUGGAUUGGUGGGAUGAGCGCGAGAUAACAAUGUCGCCUUCACUUCAAAAGGGUGCGGAGGUUUUAGCUCCAGGCGAACCGAUCCCUGCUGCAGAGAUCAAGUUCCGGAUAGGCUCCCUGCCCUGUCAACACAUUAGCGCUCGUACUCCGUUUGACAAAGGACAAACGUUAUGGUGUUCUUGGGCUAUUGAAUCUGGAGGCAAAAAACUUUACUUUACAGGAGAUACCGGAUAUCGGAAAGUGUCUGAGUUACCCGAGGGAGAGGACGAUCACGAUCCCAAGCAUAAUUUUCCCGUCUGCCCUGCUUUCAAGCAAGUGGGUGAAUUUCGGGGUCCAUUCGACCUGGGUCUGAUCCCUAUUGGAGCAUAUGCCCCACGACACAUCUUUAGCCCUGCCCAUGUCGAUCCGCAUGAUGCAGUGGAGAUUUUCCAGGACACAAAGUGCAAGAAGGCUCUCGGCAUGCAUUGGGGAACCUGGGUUCUGACUGAGGAAGACGUGCUCGAGCCACCUGAGAAGCUCAAGAUGGCCUUGAAGAAACACGGGCUCCCGGAGAAGGGUAUUUUCGACGUGCUUGAUAUUGGCGAAAGCCGAGAAUUCUAG